AUGAUAUGUGAUGAUACGACGUUGAUGAUGAUGAUGAUAACUAUGAGCUGCUACUAUUCUACUGCCUUUGUUACGAGGGUAGAGCAGAAAGAAAGAGAGAUGUUGGGAGACAGAAGUAUCUACUUAUGGAGUAUAGAUACCGCCGAGACCAAGGUCGAUAACUACUUUGCCCAAAGAUGGGUCAGAUUAAGAUUUUUUCGUGUCAAAUCCUCUAAAAUGAAGUAUAAUAUUUCAUUGGUUAUCAUUACCAUUUCACUCUUUUCCCUUUCUACUUUAGUAAAUGGAGCAACAUUAAAUCAAUAUAGUGGUGUUGUAGAGGGAUACUAUUGGCCUACAGGAGACACUAUUCGUGGUCAUUUGAACUUUGACGAUGCCGAAGGUGUCACUACAACCGAGCAACAAACACUCGAAAAGAACAUGGUCGCCAGUCUUGCGUCGGCGUACCCAUCGACGAGUUUGUGGGGUCUUACCCCUGCCUACUACUACCAAGAGACUACCCGUGCCAACUGGAACAAGUCACUUGAAACAAUCGAUGCAGUCUCUUCGACCAUUCCAUUUGUGUUUACGGGUGAAAAGAUCACUGAAUCGACAUUCAGUCCUGCCAAAUUCCCAAAUCUCAAAUCAAACAGACCACUCGUAGUUUGGGACAACUGGAUUGCCGAAGACACUAGCACACGUCUAGCUUGGGGUAUGAUCGACCAGAGAAUCAGUAAUAAUAUGUUUACAGCACCCUAUGGAUACAUAUUGAACCUUGGAUACCCACUCGAACGUGUCAUCCAUCAUAUCUACUGUCUCGGUGUCAUCUCCAAGGUAUCGUCAAACAACCAACCCAUGCCAUCCUGCAACGUCACACAAUCGGCUGCAUACUGGUCUCAAUGGUUGAGUGAUAAUGGGUUCCUACACAAUAACCAGACAGUUGUAUCGGUCACAACUGGACUUGCUCAAGCCAUCAACAAUGAUCAAUUCUUUGACACUAUUGCACUCUUUGAACAAGCCAAUCCAUCAGUAGCCGGUAUCUUUAGUUUACCACCUAAUCCCCCAAUCCAUCAUCCUCAUCCUCUUCAUCAGAUGGUGAAGGAAGUGAACCAAGCCAUGCAAUCAUUCUAUCGUCAUCAUUGA